UCAGUAUUAUUUAAAUUUUAAUUUAAUUUGACCGUAGAUCUUAUUGUUCUGUAUCUGUUCCAUAAACGUUCCAACUUCAGUCGUUUCCACUGAAUUGCGGUUUCUGGAGUAAUCUAGAUUUUUUGUGGUCUUGAAUCGUGUUCAAACGCAAUGGGUGGACCAACGCGAAGAAAGAAGUUUCACCGCGGCGAUGCUAGGGAAACCAAGGCUAACAAGACUAAACGGCGUGCACGAGACUUGGAUCAGAUCUACGAGGAUCUCCAACCACAAACUGUGAAGCGAUUAAAGACUGAGCAGCCUCUAGAUCUGGAUCUUCCUGGAGGUGGACAGCAUUACUGCGUUGAGUGCGCGCGCUAUUUCGUGGAUACCGGUGCUCUAGGGGUCCACCAGAAAAGCAAAGUUCAUAAGCAGAGGGUCCGCGAGCUGAAAACUGUACCGUUUUCCCAGAAGGAGGCGGAAGCAGCUGCUGGCAUGGGUUCCUAUUUCGCCCCCCAGCCUAGGCCGGAAACGAUAGCAUCCCCAGCAUUCUCCAUGGAUAUUGCAUCUCCGUCAAGUGAACUGAGCGAAAACACCAAGUUUGCCAAACAGAUCGAAGAUAUAAAGCUGUUCUAGCGUCUGCCGCUUUGCUUGACUUCGUUUGAGUGGAAUUUAAUUGUUUUAUCCUUUCUGCAAGUUCAAUUAAAAGAGAGCUAUAAACUGUUGAAUGUUGACCUGUGGAUGAGAUUUAUUGCGGAAUAUUGGUAUUACUCUAUUUCACAGAUAACAUCAGCAAGAGAACAUUAAAGAACGGCUGCUGA